AUGCUGGUGGAAAUAUUCCAUCUAAAUGAUCACCAAGAUAGGGAUGCUAAAAAGACAUCAAGAAUUGUCAGUAAGAUAGAGGGUCAUCUGGGAACAACAAUUCUGUUGGAAAUAUUCGAUCUGAAAGUCACUAAGAUAGGGAUGCUCAAUAGGAAGAAGAAUUCUGAUAUCAGUAACAAUAGAGUGGUCAUACAUGACAGGGAUGGAAAUUACAAACAAUCACUUACAUUCACUGGUCAGUUUGCAAAGACAUUCACACCAUGGGAUGUAGCAAUAUCAGAUGAUAAUGAAUACUUUAUGACAGAUGUAAAUAACAAACAAGUAGUUGUGAGUGAUGAAUACGGAAAGUUGAUUAGAAAGUUUGGAAGCUCUGAAAUUGAUAAUCCAUAUGGAAUUGCAAUUAAUCCUGUUACUAAGAAUGUGUAUGUGAGUGAGUAUAGUAAGCAUUGUAUUAGAAAGUAUACCCAGGGUGGUGUGUAUAUUAAGUCAUUUGGGAAAAGUGGAGAGCAAGUUGAGUUCAAUACACCUUACUUGUUAGCUAUUAAAAGUAAAGGAAUGGUAUAUGUGCCAGAUUAUUUAAACCACCGUAUUCAGGUAUUCAAUUCUGAUGACCAGUUUAUGUUUGAAUUCUCUUCUACUGGUGACAGUACAAUGAUUUGUCCCAUAGGAGUGGCUGUAGAUAAGAAUGAUUAUGUAUAUGUAAGCAGUGAACAUAAAGUCACUCAGCAUGACAGCUAUGGUCAGUUUAUUUGCAGGAUUGAUAGUGACAAGGAUGGAUUGAGUCUUCCCUGUGGUGUAGCAGUGUGUAAUGAUGGUAGAAUAGCUGUAGUGGAUUGUGGCAAUAAAUGCAUCAAAGUGUUUGUAGAGUGA